AGAAGGAAGAGGGGUUAGGGAGGAGGAGGAGGAGGAGAAGGGACGGAGGAGGAGGGAUGAAGGCGGAGAGAGAGCAGCGAUAGAAGGAGGAGAAGGAGGUGGGGAUCGGGAAGAGGAGGAGGAGAAGAGAUGGAAGGGGAGGGAUGGAAGGAGGGGAAGAGGUGGGGAUAAGACAGAGGAGGAGGAGCGGGAGGAAGAGGAGGGACAAAGGCGGAUCCAGGCUGAGCAGGCAGAACCACGCGGUCGAGCCCUGCGUGAAUUCGCAGCCCCCACCUGUGGGAUCAUCGCCCCCCCCCCAUGGCGCAGGAUUUCCCAUUGCCAACCCCUGGGAGGCUGUGAGGAAGAGGAAGAUGCCCCGGGACACUGAGGCAGAGCAGGAGCUGAGCAUGGAGAGCAGGGAGGACAAAUCCCCGCGGCAGAACAUGGUGGCAGAGGCCGUUUUGAGCGGCUCCACGGCGCAGGAACCCAACGGGGAGGAAAAGCCCCGGAGAUGCCGCACGAGGAGGGGCUGCAAACGCAGAUCACAGGGAUCUGAGGGGGAAAGAGCCAGCCUGGGCCGGGAAGGCGGCCAGAGAUCGAGCCAGAGCUCGGACCUGGUGCUCCAUGAGCAGGUCUGUGAUGGGGAGAAGCCCCACACGUGUAGGGAGUGUGGGAACAGCUUCAGGUGGAACUCUGAGCUGAUCAGGCACCAGAGGACCCACACUGGGGAACGGCCGUACGAGUGUGAUCAGUGCAGGAAGAGGUUUCACACCAGCUCUGAUCUCCUCCAGCACCAGCGCACGCACACAGAGGAGAGGCCCUUCCGCUGCCCGGACUGCGGGCAGGGCUUCAGGCGGAACUCCCAUCUUGUCAUGCACCGACAGGGAAGGAGCUGA